GAAGAGCGGACAGACAGACAGGGACAGAUAUCUGCUGUGAGGAAAAUUUUAAAACUACUCCAUACCUCAUACAUCUCUUGGAGAGGUAUAAUUCAUCACCAGUUACCACAAACAAUAGGAAAAUCCUGGGCCCGGCGGACGGCGGGUGGGACGGAGGCCAUCUUGGAGCAGCACUUGCGGGAUACAAUGAAGAAUCCCUCCCUUGUUGGAGUCCUGUGCACAGAUUCACAAGGACUUAAUCUGGGCUGCCGUGGGACCCUGUCAGAUGAGCAUGCUGGGGUGAUAUCUGUUCUAGCCCAGCAAGCAGCUAAGCUGACCUCAGACCCCACUGAUAUUCCUGUGGUGUGUCUGGAAUCAGAUAAUGGGAACAUUAUAAUCCAGAAACAUGACGGCAUCACCGUGGCAGUGCACAAGACGGCCUCUUGACAGCGUAUAUCAGUUCUCCAGCAGCCUGUCACCAGGGCUCAAUCCUACCUGUGUAAAUGAUCUUGUAGAACUAUGAAAGUUCCAGGAGUUAGGCCAUUUAUUUAGUGUUGUAUUGGGCCCAUUUCUAUUAAUUUUAGAGUAAGCUGCUUUUUGACACUCAAUGGACUGACUUACCCAAAUAUUAGUAAGAAAGGAUCAUGUUUUGAAGCAGCAGGUCCAGGCCACUUUGUCCAUAGAAUUUUCUUAAGUUCAAUAAAUCUGG